GAACAAAUAGCGGGCCUCCUCGUCCUGUACGUCCAUCUUUCAUUCUUGCAUGACCCGCAAGAUAUCCUGAAGUCGGUUUACGGAGGAAUGAGUGAAGAAAGAGGUGAGUGGGUUCACUUUGGAAGAUAAAGCAUGUAUUGUUUGAUGUUGGACGCUGUGCUGCGCAGAGUCGCCGUGCGUAAUUUGCUUGUGCACAGAAAACCCUCACUGUGUCCGAUUACUGUUACUGAAAGAAUGUGUAAAAUUCUGAGGCUUGUGUUUCCUUUGAUGCAAAAAAGUGACUUUUCUAGUGAUUUUGUAAGCGCCGAGCAACACAGGCUUUUGCACAAUCUCAGCCAGCUCUCCUAAACUGAACUGCUUAUUGGUGUUUCUGUUUAUAUUCUCUUAUCUCUUUAUAUGACAUAGUUUCUUGGUUGUGGAUGUAAUAAUCUUGCUCUAUGUACGCUGUAUUGUACGUUUGACCUGUGUUAACUUUGUUGAUAAUGCAACAUUUUCGAAUGAGUGUUUUAGGAGGGUUUUUUUUUUUUUUUUUUGCAAUUAGUGAAGAUUUUACCCUAAGAUUUGGUUUAUAGUUUCACCAGUGAAAUGAUCCAGAUUACAUGUCUUAAGUGACAUCCUUUAUGAAACCUAUUCAUUUACCGUUUAAGUAAAAUUUUAUACAGUAGGGGAGACCGGGGCUUGUUGUCACAUGGGUACGUUUUCACAUUUAAAUUAUCUUUGCCACCAGAGGGCGCAACUAAAAAGUGGAAUUCCAGUUUUAUUCCUUUACAUGGUCAGGGGUCGAAUCCUGUCUGAGAAGAGAAGAGCACAUUGUGAGCUGAGAUGAGCCCCAAUUAACCAUUCUGCACAUCCUAAAGUAAAAAAAAUAAUAAUAAUAACUUUAUAUAUUUUAGUAUAAGCUUCUUCCAGAUAAAAAUCCCAGCAGUGAUACAUGUGGACUUGUUAGAGGAGAGAUUAAGUUAUCCUGUCAUACCUCAGUCAUUGUUCUGUUUUGAGCUAACUUUAAGCUAGAGCUAGAAUUAGCAAACAUGGUAGUUUGGGGAACAUGUCUCAGUCAUUUUGGAGUUAGUUGUCACGUGUUUAAAAGGGAUUAAAAUUAACAUGGAGAGUCUGCUUAUCAGCAGUUGUCAUACAGAAAUUUUGACUUUUACAGAAAAAAGAGUGGUUUAAAGAAGAGGAGAAAGAGAAGACAUGGUCAGGAAUUACAAAAGAAAAACAGAACAUGGCAGUGCAGUGCUUGACAUGAUGCUGAGGGCAGCCAAGCAGGUGACCUUAGCUAAUAAAUCAAUCUGGAGUUCAAUAAAGGACUUUAAUGUCAACUACAAUACCUUGGCUCAGUACUGCAAAACAUUCACCUUAGCCAAAAUACAGAGACAGACAGAUCUCCAAACUCCAGAGCAUGUUGCAUAAUCUUCUGUGUUAACGUUUGUUCAAUGACUUUUUCUAGCUCAAUAAUAAACCUUUUCUGUGUCUGACUUUGAUCUUUACUUUCAUGUAAAAAAAUGAGAACAACAAUAAUUUUGUUCUUGUUUUAUUAGCUGCAAAAUCCACUGUGACAUCUUACCCUGUGUUAUAAUUUGAUUGCUAAUAACUCUGCACUGACACAAGAUAUGAAAAUGACAUGAAUAUGAAUACCUGAGACUUUUGUCUUUCAUCUGGUACACAUUUUGUUUAUAUAUGAUGUAUUGAUUGCAAGAAAUAUGUAAGAGUGUAAAAAGUGUGACAACAAGCCCCGGUCUCCCCUAUAACUGUGUCCUCGGGUGUUUGUGUCAAACUGAGUAAAGUUUUAUAACUAAUCAGUAUUUUUUCUUCAGGACUGGGUCACUCUCUCUGUCAGGCAUUGUGAUAACUGGACUAAUGUGAGUUGUAAAGCAGGUGCUGUCAAUCCAACAUGGAGGUGAAGAAAGAUGGAGGAGGGGGAUCUUGGUCCUCUUCAUCUGCUCCCUCUAACUCAGCUUGCUGCAGGGGUACCCUCAUGGCUUUCUUCAUCUUCUUCCUGGUUAUAGGGGUCUUCAUAGGACUGAUUAUUGGUGAGUCUGUGCACAGGAUCAUGAAAUUUGAACGCUUAUUCUGAGGUACUACAGCGUUAAUGUUUGUACUGUGUUUGCUAGCCUACAUGGUGCAGGAGCAGCAUUAUUUCAUGGAGACGCUGGAGUUGAAAGGUCUGAAGUAUGAUCCUGCUCUACAGGAUGAGAGUUCUGGUUUCUCCAUUGUGCUGUCAUCAGUUUUAAAGUCCAAGGUUAGUCCAUAAAUCAGUAUGCUGAAGACCCAGUGUUUCCAUUGACGUGCCUUUAAUGUUUUGUUUUCACUUUCUCACAGAUUAAAGAUGUCUUCACUGCCUCAUCAAUAUCACAUCACUUCAUUGAUUGCAGUAUUAUUGCCUACGGGUAGGUAAAAGUUGCACUAAGAUUACUCACUUUGAUCGUCAAACAUAACACCUUACUUUCCUGUCUUCCCAGCAACCUCAAUGGGGGAGUGAUGGUGACAUUUAGACUGGUCUUCAGGGUGUCCAAAGUCCAGCAGUAUUCCGAUAAUUUUGUUCAGGACUUGCUGAGAGCCGGACUCAGCUCAGUGAUGCACGGGAAGCCACUGAAGGUGCCAGAGUUUGGAGAGAUCAGUGCUAUCAUCUUACUGGGUAGUGAAUUUUUCUGUCAUCAGCUGAGUAGCUGCAGCCUGAGAGCGCCUAUUUUUAGAGAAGGAGACAGAAAAACGUUGAAAUCUAAUGUCCUGUUUUCUGUUCAUUACUAGGAGCCAGUGGGAAAUCGUUUUACGCAAUUGGAGAUGAGAUGAUUGGUGAGUGAAUAUUUUUUUGUGUGCCAACAUGAUCCUAGUGCAGAUAUGAAUUCCCUAUUGUAACACCAAACAGCAUGUGUUACUACAAACAGAGAUGAAACAGGUGCUGGUUGACCACAGACAAGACGGCAAGAUGAUUUUCAAAAUACAUUUAGAUUUAAACAAGAUUAGAUGCCACUAUGUACCUUAAAUAGACCACAAAUACAAUGAUAAUUAAAGCACCACUUUAUGAGGUGGAUGACUUAAUCUGCAGGCAUUUCUUCAUGAAAAGUCGCUCAGUUGAGGGAACAUGCGCCUAUGCACAGAGUCUACAGUCAACCACACAUCAGCUGCAGGUUGAACUGUCACCCCUGACCUCGACAUGGAUGUCUCCUCAGCAAUCUACUCUCAACUUUCUGUCCCAUAAAAAGGACAAAAGGCCUCAAAAAAGGAACUAUCAUUAUGAAAUGCUCAAAGCAGAGUCAUCUUCUUCCCCCUGAAUACAUCAACCUUUUUGCUUUUUGUCUCGGUUCUCCAGCCAGAUGUCCUGAAAACACCUUCACCUGUGACAAUGGAGAAUGCGUCACCAAAGUGAAUCCAGAGUGUGACUUCAUCCCUGAUUGUGCAGAUGGAUCUGAUGAAGCUCAUUGUGGUGAAUGACUCUUAAAUCUGCAUAUCUGGUUACUGUGAAGCAAGCUCACUGACAUAACAGUCGGAAAAGCCAUCACUGCAUGUUAUUUAACUUCAUUUUCAACAUUCGCCCUCAGCCUGCGGGACUCGCCCUGCAAUGGGGAGUCGGGUGGUGGGUGGCGAGGAUGCUCGGCAAGGGGAGCUGCCAUGGCAGGUCAGUCUGAGGUUUCAUGGACACCACACAUGUGGAGCUUCCAUCAUCAGUGAGCGAUGGCUGGUCAGCGCAGCACACUGCUUUGAGAGGUAGCCAGCAAAGAUACUCACAUCAUUUCACUUAGGUGUCAUUAGAGUUUUGUCAUCACUUUCUCUUCUGUUUUUAAGGGACAAUGACCCCAGUCAGUGGACUGCCCUGGUGGGAGCCAGACUAGUAAGCGGUGAGGAGUCAGAGUCCAAAACCGUCAAGAUCAAGUCACUGGUUGUGUCUCCAGACUACAACCCUAUGACCACCAACAAUGAUGUGGCUGUGCUGGAGCUGGAGAGCCCUCUCACCUUCAGCUCGUACAUCCAGCCUGUCUGUCUGCCCUCUACGUCUCACGUGUUCACCCCGGGACAGCGCUGUGUGGUGUCAGGGUGGGGCGCACUGCACCAGUUUAACCGUGAGUCAGCCUCAGCAUAUGUGAAGCAGAGCAACUCGGUGCUUAUUUGGUAUUUGAUAUUUGGAGGAUGAUUUUCCAACAAGAUAAUGAGAGAGAAACAGUUGUUAUGAUUAUUUGUUAACUAAUCGAGGCAAUUAAGGCAGCAACUAUAAGUUUAUAAAGAAAAUCUGUUAGUUUUGCAAUAUUCUAAAGAAGGGAAAACUAUAUUUAUAUUAAGGUUACAUAACAAUAAACUCAAAAACAUCUUUUCCUAUAUUAAACAUGAAUGCUAUCAUCUUAUGUAUUUUACAAGAGUUAGUUUAAGAUCAUUUUAAGCAGCAGUCCAUUGGCAGGAACCAAAUAACAUAAAAUAUCCAGAUUAUUCUGCUAUAAUGAUGGAUCCACUGGAUUAAAGCACAAGACGCCUGUUACACAAUGACACACGAGUGCAUCACAAACACACACCCAAGUUUAAGUAUCAUAUUACAGUUCAAGUGUUAUUGUGUAAGUGUUAGUCCAUUUCCUGUGAACACACAACAAGUAGUACAUUUACAAAAAAACUUUUGAAAUAUCAUCAUCAUGAAUAAGCCAGCUGUCUUUUUAUGUCCUUCAGCUGCUGUGCCUCCCACUCUGCAGAAAGCUGUAGUAAAGAUCAUCGAUUCUAAGGUGUGUAACAAAUCGUCUGUGUACAGAGGAGCAGUUACUCACAACAUGAUGUGUGCCGGAUUCCUGCAGGGCAAGGUGGACUCAUGUCAGGUCAGUGCUGCUUCUCUUUAAGUUCACAGGAGAUGACAAUACAAAGUUGUGCUAUUGACUUACAUUUUUCUUACACAACUGUCUUGUCUCAGGGCAAAGUUUGUACACCAAGACUGAUGAUUAGUCUUCUUAUCUAUCUCGAAACUUUAAAUAAGGUCAGAAGUAUAUUUCAACUCUGGUUACACCCAUUCUGCUAAAGCUACACAUGAUAUAUAAUGUUAAUAUUACAGCUGGAAAACAUUCAUGGAAGGUUAAGGUGAUCAAAUACAGCAGCCCAAUCAAUAUUAUUCACCUUCACUUCAUUCAGAUUGGUCUGCCUGAACUACCACCACGCCCCGUUUAUCUUAGUACGCAACACCUUACUUUCAUGUCCAGUCCCGAACCUGAUUUAAUUUGAUCUUAUUAAAUCAACUAGCAAUAAACUCUGGUUAGCCCCGAAAUCUAUCACAUUCUAUACAUCUGUUUUCUUCCACUCAUUUGAGGUCUGUAGCAGAAGCAGCAGGCUAGGCAAGUUGACCGAGCCCAAAGCUUAUAUUUGAGUUCUCUGUCUUUUAGUGCUCAUGAACAUAUGUGAGGAAAAACGUAAUUUGAACAGGCAGAAACUUUAAAGAGAACUAGACCUAUUGGUGGAAAGUAUAACUGUUUUUACAUAGGUCUUUGGUUUGUGUCUGUCCUGCAGGGUGACUCUGGAGGGCCUCUGGUGUGUCAGGGGGCCCCAGGGAGGUUCUUCCUGGCUGGGGUUGUAAGUUGGGGCAUAGGUUGUGCCCAGGUCAACAGGCCUGGUGUUUAUUCCCGCGUUACCCGGCUCCGCAACUGGAUUCUAAGUCAUACAGACCCUAGCCUGGUCCAGGAUAACACCCAGUAUGUUCCCACUGUGCCAGUACCAGAGACAGGGGGGAGCUUUGCUGCUCCACCCAUGCCCAUGAUCACGGUUACAGAUGUACCAUCUGCACCAACACUUCCUGGUAAUGUUAGGUGUCCUUACAGUAUCAUCAGUGUCGUUUUCAGAUGGAUCUCUCUUUUUUGUAGUUUUGUACUUACAAUGUGCCCAUGCUGUCUUACAGUCUCUAACUGCAGUGGAAACUUUCAGUGUAGUGCCUCCUCGUGUAUCAGUAAAGUCAACCCUGAGUGUGACGGAGUCCCAGACUGUCCUAACCAGGCUGAUGAAAAGAACUGUAGUAAGUCUCAUGUAGUUAAAGACUGGUCACAUUAGGCUGUCAGGAAAAUGCGGCUGAUGUGUGUUUUUGUUUCAGACUGUGGUGUGCGUCCUGCGCUAGGCUUGCACAAGAUUGUGGGUGGGGUCACAGCUCGAAGGGGGGAGUGGCCUUGGAUUGGAAGCCUACAAUACCAGAGACUUCACCGUUGUGGCGCCACACUUAUUCACAGCAAGUGGCUGCUCACAGCCGCUCACUGCUUCAAAAGGUAGAGUGUUUGAUCUACAUUCAAAUAAAAUUUCACCCUGCUGUAAACAGGUUUCAACUACAGAAGCAAAGCCAUACAUUAGAAAAAUGUAUAAAAAUUCAAACCAGAAUGAUUUAGAGUCUUCAUUACCAUCAGCAAUCCAAGCCCAACUGACUGGGCAGUGAGUCUGGGAUCUGUGCUGCGUUCAGGUGUAGGCGCCCUGGUCAUCCCCAUCCAGAGGAUCAUCAUCCACCCAGCCUUUAAUGACACCAACAUGGACCAUGAUGUGGCUCUACUCGAGCUGACAAUCCCAGCUCCCAUGUCCUACACCAUCCAGUCUGUCUGCCUCCCUUCACCAGUGCAUCGCUUCCUGAAGGACGCAGAGUGCUACAUCAUGGGCUGGGGGUCCAUGAGGGAAGGAGGUGAGAUAUCAAUAAUCUUGAUUUCAUAAUUUAGACAUAUUAUAACAAAUAAUAAGAAUGAUAGAAAAUCCACAAUAACUAACUUUUAUACUGAAGAAAAUGUGUUAUUAACUUUUGUGUUAGGUUCACUGACCAACCUGCUGCAGAAAGCUGCAGUGAGUGUCAUUGAGCAGGCAGACUGUCAGCUGUCAUAUGGGACUGUGCUGACCCAGAACAUGAUGUGUGCAGGACACAUGGAGGGAGGCAGGGACACCUGUUUGGUAAGGACACUAUAGAUUUGAUUUGAUAAUUUUAUUUAAGUGUCAUACACCAAAAUUGGUGCCCAGUCCCAUGGGCUUAUUUCACACUGUUCAACAAACUCAAAACACAAUGUAUCCAAGACAGCCAUGCAACAUAAUAUACAACAACAAUAACAUCAAAAAUCCAUUAAGAAUUGUAACACAAACAAUAAGGAUAACGAAAGAGAAACAAAAAAAUUCAUCCUACAGGGUACAAAAUACUUUGCCGCAUAUGCCAAGCCUUUUCAACAAAUUUUGCCAAAACAAAAACAUCCUUUUCAAACAACCAACCCAAAAUCUCACCUUCACUCUUCCAAAAUAAAUCAGGAUUUUUAAACUGAAUUGAUUCAAAAAUGACAUUCCUUGUCUGACUUCUUACUAUAGAAGUCAGACAAAUAGAAUUUUGCAGUCUAAAAACUUCUGGUGUUAAAGUCUAAGCAUCUUUGCACUGAGAAUUGUAACAAAGACAAAACAAUGGUGGGAAAAAAAGGGCUUUUGGUUUUAGAGUGGAUGAAUAACCAGACCAGCUAUGUUUCUACUCUUGAGACUUUUAAAAACAAAUUGCUUGGAAGACUAAAGCCCAUGAGAGUUAUAUGGUUUUAUACUUGUCAUACAGUAUAAUUAUGGGGCAAAAAUGAUGGAGUAAAUUGAGUUUCUUGUUGAGUAUGGCACUUACAUUAAAGAUGCUCAACCAAAGGAAAAGGCUAGACUUACCCUCAGAAAAAAAGACCCCCACUCACCCCUUUUCACCUGCUCCCACUCUGUAAUCCUCUUAUGUAAGGAAACCAAAAUGCAUUCCUGUGUAGCUCAAGGCAACCUUUUUUUUUUCUUUGUACCUGCUUGGUCUGACAUACUCUACUACUUCCACUUCCUUAUUUCUACUUGGUAUUUAAAUUUUUACCUUUUCAUCUCUCUCCUUUUUCUUCUAGGGAGACUCUGGGGGGCCUCUGACUUGUAGGCAGCCGUCUGGACAGUGGUUUAUCACCGGGGUGACCAGUUGGGGACAUGGAUGUGGACGAACAGGUUUUCCAGGGGUCUACACACGAGUGACCUCUGUCAGGAAAUGGAUAUCUACGUACCUGCCUUUUUAAAAGGACAGAACAAAGAGGCUGACUCUUUCGAAAAAGACAACCGUCAGCAGUGGAUUUCCUUGGUGCAUCUAUCCAGUGUACUGUAAAAGGACACAAGUCCUUCUUGAAGCCACACACACACAGGUGCUAUUUCUAAGACUGUGCAAUUCUCUUAACUGAGACCCUCUUUUUUUAAGAAACGAGGAAAACAGAACACUAAACUGUUGUUUGAGGACAUUCAUCUGGAUGGUGCAGGAUUUGAAGUAUUUAUUUCAGUUAUUUAUUUUUCUGUCUUGCACAUCGUGUUGUGGUUUUUGUUUGUGUGUGGGGAUUAGAAUAUAUGUGGUUCAUUUAGGUGUGUACUUUCUGGUGUUUUAUGUUCACAGAAAACAAGAAAAAAAACUUUAUGGUCUUGGUAAAAAAGGGUGUUUCUUCG